CCCGGCUCGGAGGUUACUUAACAAAAGAAGAACUUAACUCAGCUGCUUGUCUGUCAUAAUGGGGUCAAUCGUGUGGGAAUGUGGUUAAACCUUAACCUAAUACAUGCUACUGAGAAAAGAAAAAGCAAGAUUUCUCACACGUCUAUCUCAAAUACAUCAUAUUCUGGACUGAGUUAAGAAUGUUGUCUACAAAAAGCAUUGCAGUCUUGAAGAACCUUAAACAAGGACUGAAAACACCGCCAAUGAAGUGAAGUCUGAGGGUACGAGAGGAAUUGAAAGAGUUUUCCAACUGGGCUCAAUAGCUGGCCCCAUUCUCAGUGUGGUAGAAUGGCUAUUAGCUGGAUGUUCUGUUACCUUUGGCUUUGGGAUGUUUUGGUGGGGCACACAAGAGGGCACAGUUUAUUUUCAUGUGAGCCCAUCAUCUUGCGGAUGUGCCAGGAUCUGCCUUACAAUACCACCUUUAUGCCUAAUCUUCUGAAUCAUUAUGACCAGCAAACAGCAGCAUUAGCAAUGGAGCCGUUUCAUCCGAUGGUGAAUUUGGAAUGCUCCAGAGAUUUCCGACCGUUCCUGUGUGCCCUCUAUGCUCCUGUGUGCAUGGAGUACGGCCGAGUCACCCUCCCCUGCCGCAGGCUCUGUCAAAGGGCAUACAGCGAGUGCUCCAAACUCAUGGAGAUGUUUGGGGUCUCUUGGCCUGAGGAUAUGGAGUGCACCAGAUUUCCAGAUUGUGAUGAGCCAUAUCCUCGUCUUGUUGACCUCAGUUUAGCUGGGGAGCCCACAGAAGAGGCCCCAGUGGCAGUACAGAGGGAUUAUGGCUUUUGGUGUCCUCGGGAGUUGAAAAUAGACCCUGAUCUGGGUUACUCUUUCCUGAGGGUACGGGACUGUUCCCCUCCUUGCCCAAAUAUGUAUUUUCGGCGUGAAGAGCUCUCCUUUGCUCGCUACUUCAUCGGAGUGAUCUCCAUCGUCUGCCUUUCUGCUACCUUGUUUACUUUUUUAACUUUUCUGAUCGAUGUCACAAGAUUUCGCUAUCCAGAAAGACCGAUAAUAUUUUACGCUGUCUGUUACAUGAUGGUGUCCUUAAUUUUCUUCAUUGGCUUUCUGCUCGAAGACCAAGUUGCAUGUAACGCAUCUAGCCCUGCCCAGUACAAGGCUUCCACAGUGACACAGGGCUCUCACAACAAAGCAUGCACUAUGCUUUUCAUGGUGCUCUAUUUCUUUACCAUGGCUGGCAGUGUUUGGUGGGUCAUUCUUACCAUCACGUGGUUCUUGGCGGCGGUGCCAAAAUGGGGCAGUGAAGCAAUUGAGAAGAAAGCAUUGCUCUUCCACGCCAGUGCCUGGGGCAUUCCAGGAACUCUAACCAUCAUCCUCUUAGCAAUGAAUAAAAUUGAAGGUGACAAUAUUAGCGGCGUAUGUUUUGUUGGCCUCUAUGAUGUGGAUGCAUUAAGAUACUUUGUACUUGCACCUCUCUGCCUGUAUGUUGUUGUUGGAGUUUCCCUUCUGCUAGCUGGCAUUAUCUCUCUCAAUCGAGUUCGCAUUGAAAUCCCAUUAGAAAAAGAGAACCAAGACAAACUAGUGAAGUUCAUGAUCCGGAUUGGCGUGUUCAGUGUUCUGUACCUCGUGCCACUGUUGGUUGUAAUUGGCUGCUAUUUCUAUGAGCAGGCUUAUCGAGGUGUGUGGGAGACGACGUGGAUUCAAGAACGCUGCAGAGAAUAUCACAUCCCCUGUCCCUAUCAGGUUACUCAGAUGAGUCGUCCAGAUUUGAUUCUCUUUCUCAUGAAAUAUCUUAUGACUUUGGUUGUUGGGAUACCCUCCGUCUUCUGGGUAGGGAGCAAAAAGACCUGUUUUGAGUGGGCUAGCUUCUUCCACAGACGCAGGAAAAAAGAAGUCGUCAAUGAGAGUCGCCAAGUGCUGCAAGAACCAGACUUUGCUCAGUCUCUGCUGAGAGAUCCCAAUACCCCCAUCAUCCGCAAGUCCCGAGGCACUUCUACCCAGGGCACCUCCACUCAUGCCUCCUCUACCCAGCUGGCCAUGCUGGAUGACCAAAGGAGCAAGGCAGGCAGCGUCCACAGCAAAGUGAGCAGCUACCAUGGCAGCCUGCACCGAUCGCGUGACGGACGGUACACUCCCUGCAGCUACAGAGGCGUAGAAGAAAGACUACCUCACGGCAGCAUGUCACGACUGACUGAUCAUUCCAGGCACAGCAGUUCUCAUCGGCUUAAUGAACAGUCGCGUCACAGCAGCAUCAGGGAUCUCAGCAGCAACCCAAUGACUCACAUCACGCACGGGACCAGCAUGAACCGCGUCAUCGAAGAGGACGGCACCAGCGCUUGAGCCCCUUGGGCACAGAGGAGGAGUUGAUCCCUGAAAUCCCUCCCUCAGCCGUGUGACAACGCUCGGAGCGCUCACACCGCUCCUCGGGUGCUGACCUGUGUGCAUCAGGAAGCCAAAUCUGGCUCCUUCCUCUCCAAGCCAGCGUUCUCGUACUCGCAUCAGAGCUAGAGAGUUCAGCCAUCUGGAAUUUCGGAGUGAGAAAAGCUGGUCACCUCAUUUAAACCUAUCUGUAGGUAAUUAUUUAUUCGAAAACUGUUACUCAUCAGAUACCACUGCUGAAUUUUGGAUUCUUUGUGGAAAAAAACUCUUCCCCCUCCCUCCGAUGGCUCUGCAUGUCCAUCGCUGUUACCCUUGAAAACUGGCCGUGGAGAUGUUUUCUUACAGGCAUAAGGGAACUCUUGAAUAUUGAAGGAAUUUCUCCGCACACCUCUCUGUUGAGAUAACAAAUGGAUGCUUGUUUUCAUCAAGCACAGGGGGAGGUGACACGUGCUGGAUGCCGCAUAAAGGGCAUUGUGCAGACCUGGCAGGCAUCUUUAAUAGUUACACUGGAAAUGCAACUGGGGAAUGAGCCUCUUGGAGAAGGAAAGGAAACUCUGCUGAGGAUCACCAGCUCUUGCCAGAGCUGUUCAGGCUCAGAUGUUGGGAUGGCGUGGGAGGGUGGGGGGAAGAGAGAGGCAGGGAAGAGCGAUUUUUGUAUAACUUGUAUUGUCCUUGCUUUUUUACAAAAUACUAUUUAAAUUUUAUACUUGUUUACAAUUUAUGUAGGAAGAGAUCCAUUUUAAAACCAGUUACCUAGAUAAUAUUCAGCCACUUAUUUUUAGAUUAAUGUACAAAAACUGAGGUUGCCUGUUCCUGAUCUAUUUAAAAUACUAAUAGUAAGAGAAAAGCUGAAUUUGUCACCCAAACUGGAAUGUACAGCCUUUUCCUUACAAACAGAACAAAUCCUGUUUACAAACCCCGUAGCCUGCGCGAGGAGGGCUGAGGCCAAAGCAGGCAGGAGGAGUUUAAUCAGGGAUGGCCUCUUCCUUUCACCAUCUUUGACGGUUGGACUUAAUGAUAUUAGAGGUCUUAUCCAACCUUCAUGAUUCUAUUGUAUGAUUCCUUGUGAUAUGGUGGCUGGUUUUUGGGAGCGUUCUCUUUGCGCUGAACAAGCGAGGAGCAGGAAUUUAGAUGCGGCUGGGAGAAAUCGAGGCAGGAUCUGCCUGCAGGUGGGGAAAGAGCAGGGAUGCACCAUCCAGAAACCAGCUGCGUUGCUGUCUAAAGGAGGAGGAGGAGACAGGUGUCCACCAUGAACUGUUGGCUCCUUCCCAGCUGGCAGCUUGGGGUACUGAUCGGCCCCUUCUGCAGGUUAUUUCCUUUUCAUUCCCUGCUAUAGAGUUACAGUAGAGUAUUCCCAGUUUGGGUUUUUUUGUCUGUGUGUAAAUAAUCUGUUGGGGCACAGCAAGUCUUCAUUGACACGGCAGGUGAAAGUCAAGUCAAGGCAUGUCCUGGAUGGUGCAGUCGAUCUUCUGAAGCAUCUACUGUAAGAUGCAUUCAGUGUGAGGAAACCCCGACUGCAUUUAAACCUACCUCAGUAAUUACUACAGAUCAUUGCUGGGAAAUGAAUACUUUUUUUUUCAUUGUCCUUACAUAAUUCCCUUUUUGACCUGCUUGAGGCAUGUUGAAAGCCUUUCUACAUGCUUAGAUGGCACAAACUUCAAGGGCAGGAAUGGGGCAAGAACCCACGGUGUGAGGCUUUCAUGCGCAGCAGAACCAGAGCUGCGCUACAAUUACUCAUCAUUUUAAUUGUAGCUGAUGACAAAACAGCAAAGCAUGUAACCCUGCAUUCUGAGAUCCAAGGUUGCCCCAGGAGUCACCGUGUCUUAGAAGUGUAUUUACCCUCAAUUGUCUUUCUUGCUUCCACCAGGCUUUUGCUCCAAAGGAGAAGCACAAACCAAACCCAACCUGGAAUAACAAAGUUUAACAAUGACUCUGCACUCUCUUUAGUGUAAAUCCAGGGAGGGAGGUUGCUUCACCAACCGCCCCAGGGAAGAGCAGACUCUGCUUUGCCCUUUCUCAGCAAACAGCCCCAGGGGACAUCCACAGGGAUAACUGUCCGAAUAAGCUAAAUCACCUCUUUCAAAGCAGAUGGCUAUGAAAAAUCUUUUUAAUUACUCAAAAUGGUCAAACUGCAAUUCCCUGUAAGCCCCAAAGGUAGAGCUUCUACUAAAUAACUUGGUGCUCCAAAGGGAUGAUGGUUUGAGGAAUUUGGAUCUGCAAAAGGAGCCAGGUAGCUGAGUUUUCCUAAACACUGUAACUGAACUAAAUAAGCUCAAGUGUUUCUCCUGAUCUUCUUGGCUCAAUUUCCAGUCCUUCCUUUUAAAUUGUAGUAAUGCUUUGACUUGUUAAGACUCAAGGAGGGGAAUGAUGAUGGAGGUUUUAAAUAUAGCCUGCUUGAAAUGGUGUUAAUUUGUGAGGUUUAGUCCCUGUAUUGUUUACAGAUGGGAAUAUCUAAGCUGUUCCUUGUUCCUGUAUCCUGCACCCGAGAGACAGACUCCUAUCACCCAGAGAGGUGAUUAAAAUGUAAAACUCGAGUUCUGGCUGGGUUGUAUGCUACCCCCCCCCUCCACCCCUGUAAUCCCAAACCCUCCCUUUUAUCUUCAGCACUGGAAUUAGCAUGCUGCUCUUUCUGCAAAGCAUUCCUGCCUGGGAAUUCAGAGCCCUUUACCCAGGAUUGUUUCAGGUUUCAUGUAUAAGAUUGCCUGGCUGGGGUUCUCACAAGGCUUCAGCUUCCCAAUCCUUGUGCUCAGGGGCUUUGAAGCACGUCUGAGUUUGAGUGCAGCCCAGCAGCCACUUCUGGUGAGAGACAUGGUUUUGGGGUGCUCCCCUACCUGGCACCCCCUGCUAACUAGUGGGAGCUCCAGCCAGAGCGUUUGGUUUCUGGGGUUGGUGCCAAUCUUUAACUUCCCCCCAGGAGCUCAAGCUCAUUCCCAGGAUGGCAACUCUGCAGUUGCUGAAACAUUCUGGUUGCUUUGGGCUUUGGCUGAGCUAACGUCCCUGUAGCUGCAUGCACACAUUCCUGGGAAUUUCACUGGAGCACUUCACCCCUUUCCUGCAGCUGCACAUCCCUGAAGCCUGACCCUGUCCUCUUGGAAGCUAACAGAGCAGUUGUACAUAUCCCAGUUCCUCCAGCUUGCCCCAACAGCAGGUUAAUGUAGCUCCAUCCUACACAUACCAUGAUUGAAGCCCCAGAAUGCUGCUUUGCAAGAUCACGAUAUCAGAGCUUCCCAUAAAAUCCAUGGCUUAUUAUUCCCAGGAAACAGUCUCCCGUCUUAUCCAUGGCACAGAGUGCUUUGCUCUGAGACCUUUGCUGUCCUAUCCAGGCAGAGCAGGAGCUGGGGCAGGCCAGGGGCAGGCAGGUGCUUGGCUUCAGCUGGUGAAUGCAGACAUUGGCCUCAUUUUCACUGACAGGAGAUUCCCCCGAGUUUGUGAUUUUCCUUCUUUCUUCAUCCCUCCGUAGCUCUCAUCAUUCAUGGAAAUACCAUGAAUCCAAGAUGAGGUGGGGUUGCAUGGAGCUCGCUGCCUUGGGACCAUGUGCAGUCGCCUUCCCCUUGGCUCAGUAGGGCUUGUCUUUUCAAAGCAUAAAAAAAAAAAUCCAACAGCAACAAAAAGCCACAUCUAGUUGUAAAUUCAUUUGUCUGCUCUCAAGUGCUCUCCCUUUUCCUAAUGCUUAGACCCUAAAUUUUGCUAUGGAAGCUUUAGAUAAAAGCUGAAAUCCAGCUGCAGCCAAACGGUUCCAACAAGGAGGGGAGGGAAAACUCAUCAGAAAGGGCUCAGGGAGACCACAAGAAGAGCCAGGCAAGCUGGGGCCAGCCCUUAGAGCUAUCCCCACCCUUCCAGAGGAGCUGGCUCCACAGCCCAACUCCAGGGGGCUGAGCACCCCCAAAAAAGACAGCAGAGGGGAGUGAGCAGCCCUGGCGGUACUGUGAAUCCAGAGUGCAGCAGCCCCCAUGGAGACAUUCCAAGGUUCACCUUGAACAGCAGAAUGUCAAAUUGAAUGUGAAAUUCCACUCCUAUCCCAGUGUACUGUGUUUUUAACCAGAUCAGGAUUUAUUGUCACCCAGGAUUGGAUGUUUUUUGCCUGUCAGGAAUGGCUGUCGGGUCUGUGUGCUGGGAAGCUGGGUGCAUGCAGGGGCGUUGCCACCUCUUCCAGCGUCUUCCCAUGUUCACAGUGUAAUUUCAUCCAUUUCCAAACAUGAGAGGAAGAAGCUUCUGUGGUGGUGGGACCUGGAUGCAGCGGGUGCAUGUGGCUGUUGGCGUGGGGUGGUGCCUGAUCGUCGCUGACCUGACUUGCACUCAGCUCGUGGUAGACUUGUUUACAGUAGGUCCAGUGUCGGUUUUGUAAGGUUUGAUUUUUUAGCACUUUAACUGUGAGUGUACAAACUGUUUCUCUUGUAGUAGGUGUACAUUUUCGUUUUAGACCUUUAAAGGUUUGUAAUAAAAU